GGGAGGAAGGGGACAGUGUUGCCCUCAUUCAUUGCAGUGACUAAAGAGAAUCAAGAGGUUUUAUUGAAAUAAAAUAAUGUUUCCCUAUUUAAUAAUCGUCAUUGUUCUUUUAUACAGUCCUGUAACUGGAAAAACGGUUUCUGGAGUUUUCCGGAGCGACGCAGCGAGAGAAAAUAAUGGGCAAUAUAUCACCAGAUUUCUCUAUCAUGGUGAGAAUGGUCUGCUGCUGUAUCGAGUGGAUGAUGUUCUCACAGCAGUACAGAAGGAGGGCAGACUGCUGUUGUUUCAGGGGAUGCAGGAGUUUGACAAUCUCAGCUGUCUGGAGAGAGUCUCAGCGGCUCAAAUCUCCAUUCAUCUGAGUAAAGAAGAGAGUAACCAGUCCAUACCGCAGCAGUCGACGCCACAGCUGUGGCAUGUGAUGUACGCAGACCGCUACACCUGUCAGGACGGGCAGAUUGACGGUGUAUUGGAAGACGUCCGCUUCCAGAUCACACUGCUCAACCCUGACGCCGCGGGAAACCCACUGGAUCACUUCAGCGCGGAGGAGGCUGGUCUGCACAGCUUCUACUUCCUGUUGAUCUUGGCGUAUUUCAUAGCGUCAUGUAUCUACGUGCAGCCGCUGUGGCAGGCGUUGAAUAAAGGCGGGCCGAUGCUCACGGUGCUGAAGGUUUUAUCCACUGCGCUCCUGCUGCAGGGAGCGUCCAUGCUGUUCAACUACAUACACAUGGCACGGUACGCUAGAGAUGGUGUCGGCACGCCUCUGACGGGCAGUCUCGCCGAGUUGUGUGAUCUGAUCGCUCAGGUGCAGAUGUUGUACAUGUUGUUGAGUUUGUGUGUGGGCUGGUCUCUGAGUCGCAGCAGGAAGUCUCAGUGUAAACCGCUGCAGUGGGACUCCACACCUGGAUCUACUGCGCUGGCAAUGGGCGCAGUCAUCGCACAGGGGGCGCUGCUGAUCUGGGAGCAGUUUGAGGACACGGAGCAUCACAGUUUUCACGCUCAUGGCAGUGUGGCGGGGUGGCUGCUGAUGGCACUGCGUGUCGCUCUCGCUCUGUUUCUGGCAUCAGUGCUGUAUCAGAUCAUCGCAGCUGAACGGAGCGCGCUCAAAAGAGACUUCUAUCUCACCUUCGCCAAGGGCUGUUUCCUGUGGUUCCUCUGUCAUCCGGUUCUCGUCCUGUUCUCUGUUUUACUCAACGAGCAUCAGCGAGAGAAGGUGAUUACGAUCGGAGUGAUUCUGUGUCAGUCCAUCUCAGUCGUGGUGUUGUAUCGUCUCUUCCUGUCGCGCAGUCUGUACUGGGAGGUUUCAUCGCUGUCGUCCGUCACUCUCCCUCUCACCAUGAGCAGAACAGCACGAGGACGAUACUGA